GCGUCGGUUUCGGACCGGGCGGUUCCGCUCUCGGCUGAGUGCGACUACGGCGCAUGCGCAGUGCAGCGCCCUUCGCCAUGUCCUCUAACCGGUGACCUCAGACGCCCGCGCGCUGUCGCGCAUGCGCCUGGCGGCCCAGUCGGCGGCGGUGCCGGCGGUGCCCGGUGUGUGAGCGGGACGCGGCCAUGGCGGGGGCGCUGAGGAAGACCACUGGGCUCGUGGGACUGGCUGUGGCUGAAAACCCCCAUGAGCGCCUGCGAAUACUCUACUCCAAAAUCCUUGCUGUCUUGCAGAACAUUCCCAGAGACGCAGCGUAUAGGAAAUACACUGAGCAGAUUGUAAAUCAGCGAUACAAUUUGGUGCAAACAGAAACCGAUGUGCAGAAGCUACAGGACAAACUGAAUGGUGGUCAAAUAGAAGAAGUCAUUCUACAGGCGGAAAAUGAGCUUUCCCUGGCAAGAAAAAUGUUACAGUGGAAACCAUGGGAGCCUCUAGUUGAAGAACCUCCUACUGACCAGUGGAGAUGGCCAAUAUAAUACUGAAACCUGUGUAACCUCUUGAAAGUCAAAAAAAGUUCAAAUAUAAUCUAUUACUGACAGUACCUUUAAAUUAAAAAAGUAACUUGAUAAAACCA